CGUACCGCUCUGUUGGUGGUGGCGUAUCAACAUGGAAAGUUGACACAUCCAGCUCUGAAGCGAAGUUCAACACAGUCUUAACACAAGGCUUAGGCCAUACUUCUCUUUUUAAAAAUAUGGCUGGUCACCGAAGGAGCCUGUCUGAGAGCUUUGUGCUUGAGGGUAAUGAAAACGGAUAUGUGCAUGUCUCUGGAAACAACUCUGAGGAGCAUCUAGAAGGAGAUGAAACUGCUGGUGCCAUCAAGAAUGACGUGAUUGACAUACUGAAACGAAUUGCACCAUACAAUGGCAAGACACAAGUGGUGUCAAAUCCAGGCAUGAGAUCCAGUAAAAGCAUGGAAACUUUGGAUAGGAUCAAAGCUCCAGGCGAGUUACAUAAGGAUGCUUACAACAAGCUUUUCAAUGAGAAGGUCAAGAGGUUUAUUAAAGGAAACCAACAAAGAAGAAGCCAAGAAGAUGUCAGCAACUCCCGAACUGGCCAGCUGAGAGUGGGGAGGACUACAGCCCCAGACAUUGAUGUGAAAAUCUCAAGACAAGACUGGAAAUCUGAAAAAUCUAACCUUCCAAGUUUGAUCAGACCUGAUAUUGAUGGUAAAGGCGACUUCACAGGGCCAGAGUUUAGUGUGUCAUCCCCCAAAAUGGAUACAAGAUAUAGUCAUCCUGAAACUUAUAUUGAUGGAGAAACAAAUGGCCUUAAUCCCAAAUCCAGACUUCCAAGUCCAAAUGUGGACUUACCAUCACGCAACGUGAACGUGCCCAGCUUUAACAUGCCCGAUUUUGGACUGUCACCACAGAAAAUAAGGACACCUGGCAUUGAUCUCUCACAACCUAAGGUUAAGGGAAAAUUCCAUUUACCAGACAUCACAACCCCAGAUCUCAAUGCACACAUUCCAGAUAGAAUCAACCUACCAAAUUUCCAACAGCCACAUUUCAACACUGAAGUUCCAGAUAUUGAUUAUAUUGAUACAGCUGGACUCAGCAAUGACAUUAAAGCUCCUGCCUUUAAUAUUGACACUCCCUCAGGAAAAUUAAAAAUGCCAAAAUUUGGUUUAUCAGAUCGUUUACCCAAAGGAGGGGGUGAUGACCGAGACAUGAAUUUGGCUUUCCCAGAAGGAGAUGUGAAAGGGCCAGAACUAGACGUGAAAUCCCCUGAUUUUGACAUUGAUGGUCCCACAGGAAAAUUCAAAAUGCCUAAAAUGAAAACACCCAAAUUUAGUAUUCCAGGUUUUGCAGGACCUGACAUUGAUGUUAAAGGAGACUUAGAAAGGCCUGAUUUGAGUUGGUCCUCUCAUACAUUUAAUGCAGAUGUUGAUGCACCUGACAUUGACAUUGAUGGACCCAAAGCAGAUAUUAAAGGUGUGACACUUCCAAAUGUGGACCUACCAUCUGGUAAAUCAAAAAUGCCCAAAUUCAAGAUGCCUGAUUUUGGACUCUCAAUACCUAAUGUAAAGGAACCUGAGAUGGAUAUGUCUCUGCCGAAAAUGAAAGGAGCGAUAAACUCACCAACUCUCACAGCCCCAGAGUUAGAUCUUGAUGCCCCAACAGGUAAAAUCAAAGGGCCAACAAUUCAAGAACCAAAGUUUGAUAUCAAGGCACCUAAAUUCAACAUUGAUGCUCCUUCAGGGAAACUGAAAAUGCCAAAUUUCAAAGGUCCCAACAUCAAGGGAGACAUAGGUUCACCAGACAUGAAUUUGGCUUUCCCAGAAGGAGGUGUGAAAGGGCCAGAACUAGAUUUGAAAUCCCCUGAUUUUGACAUUGAUGGUCCCACAGGAAAAUUCAAAAUGCCUAAAGUGAAAACACCCAAAUUUAGCAUUCCAGGUUUUACAGGACCUGACAUUGAUGUUAAAGGAGACUUGGAAAGGCCUGAUUUGAGUUGGUCCUCUCCUAAAUUUGAUGCAGAUGUUGAUGUUCCUGAUCUUGACAUUGAUGGACCCAAAGCAAAUAUUAAAGGUGUGACACUUCCAAAUGUGGACCUACCAUCUGGUAAAUCAAAAAUGCCCAAAUUCAAGAUGCCUGAUUUUGGACUCUCAAUACCUAAUGUAAAGGAACCUGAGAUGGAUAUGUCUCUGCCGAAAAUGAAAGGAGCGAUAAACUCACCAACUCUCACAGCCCCAGAGUUAGAUCUUGAUGCCCCAACAGGUAAAAUCAAAGGGCCAACAAUUCAAGAACCAAAGUUUGAUAUCAAGGCACCUAAAUUCAACAUUGAUGCUCCUUCAGGGAAACUGAAAAUGCCAAAUUUCAAAGGUCCCAACAUCAAGGGAGACAUAGGUUCACCAGACAUGAAUUUGGCUUUCCCAGAAGGAGGUGUGAAAGGGCCAGAACUAGAUUUGAAAUCCCCUGAUUUUGACAUUGAUGGUCCCACAGGAAAAUUCAAAAUGCCUAAAGUGAAAACACCCAAAUUUAGCAUUCCAGGUUUUACAGGACCUGACAUUGAUGUUAAAGGAGACUUGGAAAGGCCUGAUUUGAGUUGGUCCUCUCCUAAAUUUGAUGCAGAUGUUGAUGUUCCUGAUCUUGACAUUGAUGGACCCAAAGCAAAUAUUAAAGGUGUGACACUUCCAAAUGUGGACCUACCAUCUGGUAAAUCAAAAAUGCCCAAAUUCAAGAUGCCUGAUUUUGGACUCUCAAUACCUAAUGUAAAGGGACCUGAGAUGGAUAUGUCUCUGCCGAAAAUGAAAGGAGCGAUAAACUCACCAACUCUCACAGCCCCAGAGUUAGAUCUUGAUGCCCCAACAGGUAAAAUCAAAGGGCCAACAAUUCAAGAACCAAAGUUUGAUAUCAAGGCACCUAAAUUCAACAUUGAUGCUCCUUCAGGGAAACUGAAAAUGCCAAAUUUCAAAGGUCCCAACAUCAAGGGAGACAUAGAUUCACCAGACAUGAAUUUGGCUUUCCCAGAAGGAGGUGUGAAAGGGCCAAAACUAGAUUUGAAAUCCCCUGAUUUUGACAUUGAUGGUCCCACAGGAAAAUUCAAAAUGCCUAAAGUGAAAACACCCAAAUUUAGCAUUCCAGGUUUUACAGGACCUGACAUUGAUGUUAAAGGAGACUUGGAAAGGCCUGAUUUGAGUUGGUCCUCUCCUAAAUUUGAUGCAGAUGUUGAUGUUCCUGAUCUUGACAUUGAUGGACCCAAAGCAAAUAUUAAAGGUGUGACACUUCCAAAUGUGGACCUACCAUCUGGUAAAUCAAAAAUGCCCAAAUUCAAGAUGCCUGAUUUUGGACUCUCAAUACCUAAUGUAAAGGGACCUGAGAUGGAUAUGUCUCUGCCGAAAAUGAAAGGCGCGAUAAACUCACCAACUCUCACAGCCCCAGAGUUAGAUCUUGAUGCCCCAACAGGUAAAAUCAAAGGGCCAACAAUUCAAGAACCAAAGUUUGAUAUCAAGGCACCUAAAUUCAACAUUGAUGCUCCUUCAGGGAAACUGAAAAUGCCAAAUUUCAAAGGUCCCAACAUCAAGGGAGACAUAGAUUCACCAGACAUGAAUUUGGCUUUCCCAGAAGGAGGUGUGAAAGGGCCAAAACUAGAUUUGAAAUCCCCUGAUUUUGACAUUGAUGGUCCCACAGGAAAAUUCAAAAUGCCUAAAGUGAAAACACCCAAAUUUAGCAUUCCAGGUUUUACAGGACCUGACAUUGAUGUUAAAGGAGACUUGGAAAGGCCUGAUUUGAGCAUGUCUUCUCCUAAAUUUGAUGCAGAUAUUCCUGAUCCUGACAUUAACAUUGAUGGACCCAAAGCUAAAUUUAACAGCAUGACACUUCCAGACAUGCAUCUACCAUCAGGCAAAACAAAAAAGACGAAGUUUAAGUUGCCUAGUUUUGGCCUCUCGGGAUCUAAAUUACAAGCACCUGAGAUGGAUCUCUCACUUCCUAAAAUGAAAGGAGAGAUAAACUCACCAGACCUCACUGUCCCAGACUUGGAUGUCAAUGUCCCAACAGGAAAAAUUAAAGGAGCAAAGGCUGAUAUCAAGGUACCUGAAUUUAACAUUGAUGCUCCUUCAGGAAAACUGAAAAUGCCAAAUAUCAAGGGCCCCAAAUUUAAGGGAGACAUCGGUUCACCAGAUAUGAAUUUGGCUGUCCCUGAAGCAGAUGUGAAAGGGCCAAAACUAGAUGUGAAAUCCCCUGAUUUUGACAUUGAUGGUCCCACAGGAAAAUUCAAAAUGCCUAAAAUGAAAACACCCAAAUUUAGCCUUCCAGGUUUUACAGGACCUGAUGUUGAUGUUAAAGGAGACUUGAAAGGGCCAGAUUUGAGCAUGUCCUCUCCUAAAUUUGAUGCAGAUAUUCCUGGUCCUGACAUUGAUGGACCCAAAGGUAAGUUUAAUGGCAUGACACUUCCAGACAUGCACUUACCAUCAGGAAAAACAAAAAAGCCUAAGUUUAAUUUGCCUAGUUUUGGACUCUCAGGACCUAAAGUCAAGGCACCUGAAGUGGAUCUUUCAAUGCCUAAAAUGGAAGGACCAAACAUUUCAGCCCCAGAGUUAGAUGUCAAUGUCCCAACAGGUAAAAUUAAAGGGCCAACUCUUAAAGGACCUAAGGUUGAUACCAGGGCACCUGAAUUUAAUAUUGAUGCUCCUUCAGGAAAACUGAAAAUGCCAAAUAUCAAAGGCCCCAAGUUUAAGGGAGACAUGCGUUUACCAGACAUGGAUUUGGCUUUCCCAGAAGGAGACAUGAAUGGGCCAAAACUUGAUGUGAAAUCCCCUGAUUUUGACAUUGAUAGUCCCACAGGAAAAUUAAAAAUGCCUAAAAUGAAAAUGCCCAAAUUUAGUAUUCCAAGUUUUACAGGACCUGACACUGAUGUUAAAGGAGACUUGAAAGGGCCAGAUUUGAGCAUGUCCUCUCCUAAAAUUGAUGCAAAUAUUCCCAAUCCUGACAUUGACAUUGAUGGACCCAAAGCUAAGGGCAUGACACUUCCAAAUUUGCACUUACCAUCAGGAAAAACAAAAGCGCCUAAGUUUAAGUUGCCUAGUUUUGGACUCUCAGGACCUGAAGUCAAGGGACCUGAAGUGGAUCUUUCAAUGCCUAAAAUGAAAGGAGAGAUAAACUCGCCAGACUUCACUGUCCCAGACUUAGAUAUUAAUGUCCCAACAGGAAAAAUUAAAGGGGCAAAGGCUGAUAUCAAGGUACCUGAAUUUAACAGUGAUGCUCCUUCAGGAAGACUGAAAAUGCCAAAUAUCAAAGGCCCCAAAUUUAAGGGAGACAUCGGUUCACCAGAUAUGAAUUUGGCUUUCCCUAAAGCAAAUGUGAAAGGGCCAAAACUAGACGUGAAAUCCCCUGAUAUUGAUGGUCCUUCAGGAAAAAUCAAAAUGCCUAAAAUGAAAACACCUAAAUUUAUAAUUCCAGGUUUUACAAGACCUGAUGUUGUCAGAGGAGACCUGAAAGGGCCAGAUUUGAGCAUGUCUUCCCCUAACUUUGGUGCAGAUAUUACUAGUCCUGACCUUGACAUUGAUGGACCCAAUGCUAACAUUAAUAGCAUGACACUUCCAAAUGUGCACUUACCAUCAGGGAAAACAAAAACACCCAAGUUUAAGUUUCCAGAUUUGGAACUCUCGGGACCUACAGUCAAGAAACCUGGGGUGGAACACUCACUACCUAAAAUGAAAGGGCAGAUAAACUCACCAAACCUCACAGUCCCAGAGUUAGGUAUUGAUGUUCCAAAAAGUAAAAUUAAAGGACCAACUCUUAAAAAACCAAAGGUUGAUAUCAGGUCACCCGAGUUCGACUUUGAUGCUCCUUCAGGAAAACUGAAAAUGCCAAAUCUUAAAGGCCCCAACAUUAAGGGAGACAUCGGUUUACCAGACAUGAAUUUGGCUUUCCCUGAAGCAAAUGUGAAUGUGCCAAAUCUAGAUAUGAAAUCCCCUGAUAUUGACAUUGAUGGUCCCACAGGAAAAAUCAAAAUGCCUAAAAUGAAAACACCCAAAUUCAAUAUUUCUGGUCUUAAAGGACCUGAUCUUGAUGUCAAAGGAGACCUGAAAGGGCCAGAUUUGAGCUUGUCCUCUCCUAAAUUUGUUGCAGAUUUUACUGGUCCUGACCCUGACAUUGCUGGACCCAAAGCUAACGUUAAUGGCAUGACCCUUCCAAAUGUGCACUUACCAUCAGGUAAAACAAAAACACCUGAACUUAACUUACCUGAUUUUGGACUCUCAAGACCUAAAGUCAAGGCACCUGAGGCGGAUCUUUCACUGCCUAAAAUGAAAGGAGAGCUAAACUCACCAAACCUUACUGUCCCACAGUUACAUAUUGAUGUUCCAACAGGUAAAAUUAAAGGACCAACACUUAAAGACCCAAAGGUUGAUAUCAGGGCACCUGAAUUAAACAUGGAUGCUCCCUCAAGAAAACUGAAAAUGCCAAAUCUCAAAGGUCCCAACAUUAAGCCAGACAUCGGUCCACCAGAUAUGAAUUUGGCUUUCCCUGAAGCAAAUGUGAAUGGGCCAAAUCUAGAUAUGAAACCCCUUGAUAUUGACAUUGAUGGUCCCACAGGAAAAAUCAAAAUGCCUAAAAUGAAAACAUCCAAUUUCAAUAUUUCUGGUCUUAAAGAACCUGACUUUGAUGUCAAAGGAGACCUGAAAGGGCCGGAUUUGAACAUGUCUUCUAAAUUUGUUGCAGAUUUUACUGGUCCUGAUCCUGCCACUAAUGUUAAUAUUGAUGGUCUUACAGGGAAAUUCAAAACGCCCAAAGUAAACACACACAAUUUUAACCUUCCAGGUUUUAAAGGACAUGACAUAGAUAUCAAAGAAGACUUGGAAGGGCCAGAUUUGACCUUGGCAUCCAAAAAAUUGAAUGCAGGAAUUUGUGCUCCUGAUAUUGACAUUGAUGCACAGAAACCUAGUUUAAAAGGCCCCAAAUCAGACUUUAAAUUUCCAGACAUGGACUGGCCAUCAAACAAUCUGACCUCAGGAAACCUGAACAUGCCCAAAUUUGGACUUUCAAGUAAUGUGGCAAAAAGCCCAAAACUGAAAGGGCCAAUUGAUGGCCAAGACAUUAAGUUAACUCUUCCUGAAGCUGAGAUGAAGAGUCCCAAACUAGAUUUGAUAUCUCCAGAUAUUGACGUUGAAGGUCCAGCAGGUAAAUUAAAAACACCUAAAAUUCAAACAUCAACAUUUAAUGUCCCUGGCUUUAAAGAGAGGGAUAUUGAUUGUAAAGGCAUCUGGGAAAGGCCAGAUUUCAGUUUUUCAUCUCUUAAGCCAGAUCAUAUUCAUUGUCCUGACAUUGGCAUUAAGGGGUCAAAAUCCUCAGGCAUAAAUAUGAACAUCCAUGAAGCUGAUAUCAGAGCUCCAAAACUAGACAUGAAAUCUCCUGAAACUGACAUUAAUGGUACAGAAAGUAAACUCAAAUUACCAAAAUUCACGACAUCAAAAUUUGAUGUUCAAGGAUUUAACGAGCCUGAUAUAAAAGCUAAAUACAACCUGGAAGGGCCACAUUUGAAUUUAUCUGCAAUGAAUUCUGAGUUUGGGAGUCCUGAAUAUGACUGUCAGAGACAAAUAACUAAUCUUAAAGGCCUCAAAUCAAACCUUACACUUUCAGACACCAACUUGCCAUCAGGCAAAGUAAACUUUCCUGGCAGUGGCCCAAACAGUCGUCACAAAUCUGACAUAAAAUAUCAUAAGACUAGAAAUGCAUCAUAUGGCAGUUUGAAAUUUACGAAAGACUUGGAGUCUUUAGCGUCAGGCAUGGAACUUGAAGUACCAGAACAAUCCUUAAAGGGGUCAAAGUUUAAACUGCUAACACUAGUAUGAUCAGUGGUUUUUCAUAUUGAUGGUAGUCCUAUUUAUCAAAGAAAAGCAGGUUAUUCAAAAAUAUUUGAUUUCAUGUACAUUGUGAAAAUGUAUCAGGGUUAUAUUAAUAUUCACAUGUAAAUAUUUUACAUCAUGUAUACACAGAAUAUACACAGAAACCAUUAUAUAAUAGUAUCUUUUGUUGCAACUUGUGUAUAUACAUUUUGUAUGUUUGUUUAGUAUCACUAAACAGAUCCUUAUACAUUCUUGCACUGAGUGGGAUAUUAAUGAUGGUUACAAUGCAUUUGAAUAUUUUAGACAUUUAAUAUAUUAAUAUUUAACAUGGUUAAAUGAAGUUUAAAUGUUCAAAACCUUCAUCAGUGUAAAUGGCUAAAAUUAAUAUCAAACACAUGACAGUG